AUGAUACUUGUAGCAUCCGCGAUAUUUAUGGUAUCAGAUCACCCGGGACAAGUCGAAUUGGUUUACCCCAAGAACUACAAUCCUGGUAACGUGUACCCCGGCUACCAGACCCCAAGCAUCGCGUACGGCUACGGAAGCGGCUUCAGCAGCAACAUCGCCGGCAUCCGCCACUCCGGGUACGGCGCGGGCUUCGCCAACAGCGACGGCGCUGCCAACGCUCAGGGCAUCGGCAUCGCUAGCACCCACGCCAACCCCGCCCGCCGCGUGUACAACAUCCAACCAGCCGCCUACCAGCCCGCGCCUGCUUACAACAGCGGAUGGAACCGCAACUACGGCUCGGCCGUGUCUUCCGCCCAGAACAUAGGCAACGCUGGCUCUGCUGUCGCCCAUUCUAACUCUGCUGGACUCGGCAAUGCUGUAGCCAGUGCCUCCAACCAUCGCGGUCUUGGCUAUGGAUCUGCCGUUUCAUCUGCCAACGAGCACAAUGGCUUCGGCUCGGCCAUCUCCUCCGCCAACAACUCCGGCUAUGGAUCUGCCGUUUCUUCUGCCCAAACUCGCGGCGCUCUCGGCGACUACAGCUCCGCCGUGUCUGCCUCUGAGAACGUCGGUGGAGUCCGCUCCAGCACUGCCCAGGCGGUCCAACAGACCGCGGGCUCCGUGCAGCACAGCGGCGCCACCAGCAUCGAUGGCCCCGGCGUCCAUGCUGCUUACUCACACGCUGUGAAUAACCGUUACUACUAAGCUAACGGGACCGAACUAUGUUUAAAAAUAUAAAGAUAUCGAGACGACCUUGAAGACUUGUCUCCAUGUCUUUAUAGUAGUAGUGCCAUGUGAAAUAAUAAUAAACA